UCACACGAGGCGGGACUUGUGACAGAGGAGGAAGAGGCUUUUUGAUAGACAUCACAGAAAGCCGGUGUGUUUUAUUGGACUUCUGAAAGAAACAAGGACCCAUGGCUGUUAGAGGAAUGAAGCUGUCGAGUGUGUGUUUUCUGCUUUUAUAUUUAAUAGCGACAGUGCUGGCCGGGAGGGAUUUCUACAAAAUCUUGGGAGUUAGUAGAUCUGCAUCAAUUAAGGAUAUUAAGAAAGCCUACAGAAAGCUGGCAUUGCAGCUUCAUCCAGACAGAAACCAAGAUGACCCAAAUGCCCAAGACAAAUUUGCAGACCUUGGAGCUGCUUACGAGGUGCUCUCAGAUGAGGAGAAAAGGAAACAGUAUGAUGCAUAUGGAGAGGAGGGGUUAAAGGAAGGCCAUCAAAGUUCACAUGGUGAUAUAUUCUCCAGUUUCUUUGGAGACUUUGGGUUUAUGUUCGGAGGAAAUAGACAGCCAGCCGGCCGGGAUAUUCCAAGGGGUAAUGACAUAGUACUGGACCUCGAAGUAACCCUAGAAGAGGUGUAUUCAGGGAAUUUUGUAGAGGUGGUACGAAACAAACCUGUUGCAAAAGAAGCGCCAGGCAAAAGAAAAUGCAACUGCCGGCAAGAAAUGAGAACCACACAGCUAGGACCAGGUCGCUUCCAGAUGACACAGGAAGUAGUCUGUGAUGAAUGCCCCAAUAUCAAGCUUGUAAAUGAGGAGAGAACACUAGAGGUGGAGAUCGAGCAGGGUGUGAGAGAUGAGAUGGAAUACCCUUUCAUUGGGGAAGGUGAACCUCACAUUGAUGGUGAGCCUGGAGAUCUGCGUUUCCGCAUCAAAGUUUUGAAGCAUCCUGUGUUUGAGCGCAGAGGUGAUGACCUUUACACAAACGUCACCAUCUCUCUGGUAGAGGCUUUGGUCGGUUUUGAGAUGUACAUCGUUCAUCUAGAUGGCCACAAGGUGCACAUUGAGAGAGAUAAAAUCACUAAGCCAGGAGCUCGUAUUUGGAAGAAGGGUGAAGGCCUACCAAAUUUUGACAACAACAAUAUCCGUGGAUCGCUCAUAGUCACCUUUGAUGUAGAUUUCCCCAAAGAGCAGCUUGAUGACCAGCAGAAAGAUGGUAUAAGACAACUUCUGAAACAGGCUCCAUCUCAGAAGGUUUAUAACGGACUGCAGGGAUACUGACAAAUCAGCCAAGAAAAUCAGAACUGAUUUCCCUGUCCCUGUCUGCCCUUCACACACAUACACAUUUAAAUGCACACUGAGGAACAAGGAAUGGGGUGUAUUUAUUUUUUUCUGAUUGUUCUCAGGAAGGGUUGACGUUAAUGCUUUUAUUAUUUUUAUUUUUUUCUUUAGUUUUUAAAAGCCUUUUUUUUUUCUCAUGGAAAGUAUUUUUUUUAUUUGAGUCAACAUGUUUUUUUUCCCCCCACCAAAUUAUUAGUUUUUCCUUAUAUGGUCCCCGGUUCCAUAUUUGGAGUAAGUAGUUUGAGAAAUUUGUCAUCAGUUUAAGUGUUUGGACACUAACUUUCUGCUAUGACCAGUCAACCACCAUCUACUCAUGGAUCAGCAUAAUGUUUAGUGCCAGAUGACCUGAGACCUACAACAAAAACAGAUAGAGGACUGAAACUUCAAACCAGAGGACAAUUUAAACACCUGCCUCAGCACUGUAUGUCUUCAAGACCUUUUUUUUCUUCAGGUGUUUUAAGAAAGAAACAGUUAUAUGAAUGUAAGUUCAUUGAACUUUCUCAACUUAGACUCUUCAGUCUUUGGUCUGCUUGUUUUAAACAACAGAUUUAUUAUGGUUCAUGCAGUUGGUGUUGUUUUUGUGUUCAUCAAGCUACAAAACCCUUUUUUUUUUGUGCGUGUGCGUGUGUGUGUGUGUGUGUGUGUGUGUGUAGUUUUUGACUGCCUGGUUCAGAUUUGCUAUCUGGUUACAGGUCUGUUUUCUCUGAGGCAUUUACUUUGGGAUUUGAAGUUCAAACAGAAGACCUCUUCAACUGUACAGUUCAGUUCUUUCCUGUGAAUUUUUUAUGACAUUCUCACUUUCUUGUUUCUUUCACAACCCCUCCUGAUCAGCCCACUGGGUCUCUUCCUAGUUAGUCACUUUCCUUUGCAGUUUUGUGGAUUGCACCAGACAAAACAGAACAUCUUAGGAUAACUUGUGCACAAGUGAAGGAAAUAUAAUUUGUCAUUUUCAAAUGAAAAUUAAAGAUUUCUAAUUAUGGUUAAAACAUUUUUUUUAAGUUAUUAAAAAAAUAACUUGAUAUGAAAA